AUGAAUGACGAGAAAUUAGAUUGCAUUAAGGUGACUCAAUAGCAUGCGGAUAAACUGAAAAGACAGGCAUUAGAAUUCAAAAAGCUUAUCGACAAUUUUCAAAAGAGAUUUCAAUAGGAUCAAAACGAUCAAUUUUAUAUUAUGAGCUUGAAGUGGCUAAAUCAAUGGAAGGAAUAAGUUUCAUAUGAGGAAUUGCUGGCUAAUAAGAACCCGAACAAAUACUUUGGAAAACUCAAUCUGGAGCACAUAAACAUAAAUUUAGAGGAUAGGGUUGAAAAAUGCUUCAAAUAUCACCCCUUAAAGGAUCACCCUUGGAAUACAUUCAUGAAGGAGAAUCUCUAAGAAAACGUAGACUAUAUUAUAGUUGAUAAGGAGAUUUGGCAAUUCUUUACAACAUAUUAUCAUGGCACCCCAAUCGUGAGAUUGUCAAAUGGAUCAGGAAUAGAGAAGACAGUCGCAGUCAAUUUAUUAAAAUUUAAAACCGUUUUGCUUUACCCAGUAGUAAUCAAGUAGAUUGCAUUCGAUAGAUUUUACAAAUAAACUUUUGAUCAAGAAUACUUAUAAGUGGAUAGAAACAUGAAAUUGAAAGACUAUUACAGUUUGCUAUCGAAGACUGUUACCACAUUUACAGGUAAUUUCGCAAAAGACAACAAUGUCAGAAUUUGGAGAUUUCAAUCAGAUUAGAAGGAUAUUUUCAAAGCAUUCUUUGCAGAUGUUUAAAAGCAAGUUGGAGUCUUGGAAACCAAUGACGAAAUGAGUUUUGAUUUCAAUGGUGAUUAUAUACACUAUUCAAUAUACGAUACUAUCGAAGAUGUAGGGAUAUUAGAUAAUCAUUUGAUUAUUAUAGAAUUCAAAGAUGAAGUUAAACCUUGGUGUAUUCGUAAUAAAGCAGUUUAAGUAGAAGGAAAGUGUGAGAAUUGUUAAAUAGUCAAAAUUCUUAAUCAUCCUUGUGUGUGUAGAAAAGUAUCCUAUUGUUCAUAAGAUUGCAAAUAUAAAGAUUACAACUAUCACAGUAUGAGAUGUGAGAAGUUUGGAUCUGAUGAUGACACUAUCAGAGGUUUGAGUUAACAACCAAAUUCUAUUGCAGGAUUAGCUGGUCUGAGUAAUUUAGGAAAUACUUGUUUUAUGAACAGUGGAACUCAAUGUAUAUCAAACACUGUCCCAUUAACAGAGUAUUUUUUGAGUAAUCAAUAUUUUGAUGAAAUUAAUAUGGAUAACCCUAUUGGAACUAAAGGUUAAUUAGUAAAGAGAGUGGGAGCUCUAUUGAAGAAGUUAUGGUAUGGUGAGAAAUAAGUUGUAACUCCAACUAAUUAUAAAAAAGCUGUGGGUCAAUUUUAACCUAUGUUCAAAGGAUAUCAUCAACAUGAUUCAUCUGAAUUGAUCACUUUUGUGUUAGAUGGCAUUCACGAGGAUUUGAAUAGAGUAAAAAAGAAACCAUAUGUCGAAACAAAGGAUAGUGAUGAAAGAACAGAUUUUGUUGUUGCCAAGGAAAGUUGGUCAAAUCAUUUGGCCAGAAAUCAAUCUAUCAUUGUUGAUUUGAUGUAUGGAUAAUACAAAUCUACUUUAAAAUGUCCAAGAUGUGAAAGGUUAUCUAUCACAUUUGAUCCAUACUUGAUGGUAUAAUUGGGAAUUCCAAGUCAGAAGAAAAGAACCAUCUCUUUUAAAUACUUUUAUUCAUUCUUCAAUUCAACUUCUAAAAUCAUCCCAUUUGAUAAAAACAAGAACAUAUCAUUGAAAGAAUAUUAUCAAGUAUUGAGUGAGGAAUUGAAAACUAAACCAUAAAACUUACUUGGUUAUAUUGCUAAUUAAUACACAUCUUUUGAAUUAUUGAAGGAAAGCAAAUCUAUUAUUGAAAUACGAAAAAGUGCGAAAAGAUAAUAACUAUGCUUUAGGGCACUAACAGAUGAGGAAGCUUAGACAUAAAAUAAGUUUCCAGUUUAAUUUUCUAAUAAAUAUUAAGACUAUUAAAAGAUGUCGUAUUUUUAGAGUGGGUUCUUUAUUUUUGAAGGGUCAACCACAAGAAAAUAAAUGCAUUUGAAAAUAUUCUAAUACUUGCAACCAUUAUUCGCUGAAUAUCAAAAUUUAGAUUACGAGAAGAAUGUAUUCAAUAAAUAUUACAGUCUCUUUUAUAAAUCAAAUAGUAAUUAUUGGAACCCAUGUUCUUAUUGUUAAUCUAAGAAUUGCAAUGAUUGCGAAGUCAAAUUUGAUGAUGAAGUACUUGAGGAAACCAAAAGUAAAGUAACUGCCUCUGAUACACAAUGCAAUUUCGAAGUCAUUAUUUUAUGGAAAGAAAGUCCAUUCAAAUCUGUUAAAAUUUCUGAGAUUUUUAAUCACUAUCGCAAUCUUAAUAAAAUUGAAAGUAAUUUCCUAUCUAAAUGCAAUAGCCGAAGAACAAGGAUAAUCAAAAACUCCACUCCAGAACCAUGUGUCACCUUAGCUGAUUGCUUGUAAUUCUCUCAAUAACCAGAAUAAUUGAAUUCAGAGAAUACAUGGUACUGUAAAGUUUGUCAGGAACAUGUCUAAGCUUUCAAAAGCAUGCAAAUUUAUAAGGCUCCAUAAAUAUUGAUAUUCACUUUGAAACGAUUUAAAGCCUCCAAUCGAAUGUUUAAGCAAAAGCUGGAAUACCUUUGUUGA